AGAGUGGAUUGGAUCAUCAGUUGAAGGUGAAGAUGUGGGAAAUAGGGGGAAAGAUGGCCUCAGUGGCCUCUUUCUAUGUUUUGGCUUUGGCUGUUGUCUUACUAUCCACAUUGCUGCCUUUGCAGGCAAAUGCUGAACUCAAUCUUUUCCAGCAUUGGUACCAUUACACUACUCCCCCUCCAGUGUACUCACCACCACCUCCUUACCACUAUGUCUCUCCCCCUCCCCCUAAGUACUCUCCACCACCUCCUUACCACUAUGUCUCUCCCCCUCCCCCUAAGUACUCUCCACCACCACCUUACCACUAUGUAUCGCCGCCACCACCACCAAAGCAUGUUGUAUAUCCUCCUUACCACUAUAAAUCACCACCACCACCACCACCCCCAAAACACGUGGUUUAUCCGCCUUAUCACUACAAAUCUCCACCACCACCACCACCACCCCCGAAACCAGUGUACAAGUACAAGUCUCCACCACCCCCACCCCCGAAACCAGUGUACAAGUACAAGUCUCCACCACCACCACCACCAAAACCAGUGUACAAGUACAAAUCUCCUCCACCACCACCCCCAAAGCAUGUAGUGUAUCCUCCUUAUCACUACAUGUCUCCACCACCACCGCCGCCAAAGCCAGUCUACAAGUACAAGUCUCCACCACCGCCACCACCAAAACCGGUGUACAAGUACAAGUCUCCACCACCGCCACCACCAAAACCGGUGUACAAGUACAAGUCUCCACCACCACCACCACCUAAGCCAGUUUACAAGUACAAGUCUCCACCACCACCCCCUCCAAAGCCAGUGUACAAGUACAAGUCUCCACCACCACCCCCUCCAAAGCCGCUGUACAAGUACAAGUCUCCACCACCACCCCCAAAUCAUGUGGUGUAUCCUCCUUAUCACUACAAAUCUCCACCACCACCAAAGCCAGUCUACAAGUACAAGUCCCCACCACCACCCCCUCCAAAGCCAGUGUAUAAGUACAAAUCACCCCCACCACCCCCUCCAAAGCCAGUGUACAAGUACAAGUCACCCCCGCCACCCCCUCCGACCCCAGUCUAUAAGUACAAAUCUCCACCACCACCUCCACCAAAGCCAGUGUACAAAUACAAGUCACCACCCCCACCGCCCCCAAAGCCAGUGUACAAAUACAAGUCACCACCCCCACCGCCCCCAAAGCCAGUGUACAAAUACAUGUCACCACCACCACCAUCCCCAAAACCAAAACCAGUGUAUAAGUACAAAUCACCUCCUCCACCACCCCCUAAGCCAGUGUACAAGUACAAGUCUCCACCACCACCACCACCUAAGCCAGUGUACAAGUACAAGUCACCACCACCACCACCACCAAAACCAGUCUAUAAAUACAAGUCACCGCCGCCGCCGCCACCUCCAACACCUGUCUACAAGUACACAUCUCCCCCACCACCUCCUCCAGUUUACAAGUACAAAUCUCCACCACCUCCUGUUCACCAUUACCCCUACACUUCUCCCCCUCCUCCAGUGUACUGAGUGUGGUGUCCAAAAAAGGACCCCACACUGCUAUGCAAGUAAUAGGCUGUUUGGCAAGACCCAUGGUGAAGGAUUUUUCCAGCUCAAGCUUGUAGCUAGAUGUCGUGAAUAAAGAGAAGGUUUUGCCCCACUUGAGAAAAAAAGAAAGGCAAAGUUCUCUCUUUGCAUUCUUGUUGCUUUGCAAGUAAAAGGAACAAGGUGUGUGUGGCGAUGUAAAACCGAUGCCUUUGCUGUAUAUGAGUUUUCUUUUCAAUAUUUUAAGUGCUUCAUGAGAUUAGGGUUUUAUGGUGUUUACCAUGUAAGAGUACGAUAAAGAGAAAUGUUUGUAUCCUUGCUUUGCAACAUCUAAAUCUUUGUAUUAAUAAACAAAGAAUAAAUUUUUAUGUGAUGUUUUAUGAA